AUGUCUGAGUUCGAGAGCAGUUCUAAUACCGUCCUAAGCCAGUUCGAAGACGGCGUCCUUGGAGAGAGCAAGCAGGAGACCAACAUCGUCGACUGGGACGGUGAUUGCGAUCCUGCCAAUCCUCGAAACUGGUCUAAGCACAAUAAAUGGGCACACAUUGUCAUACUCUCCAUUCUAGCUCUUAUCACGAAUAUGGCCCCAACGAUGUGUGCACCCGGCAUCCAGGACAUUGCGGCAGCCCUUGACAUUACUUCUAGUACCGUUAGCACUCUCGCUAUUACCCUAUAUGUACUGGGGCUAGCAAUUGGGCCCAUGUUCAUGUCUCCACUGAGCGAAAUAUACGGCCGUGUACCAGUAUACCACGCUUCGAGUGUGAUCUUUGUUGCCUUUAUCGUUGGGACUGCGCUAAGCCAGAGCGCGGCCCAAUUCAUGGUCUUUCGGUUCAUCUCAGGAUGUGCUGGCGGCACGCCGAUGGCUCUCGGCGGCGGAACGAUUGCGGACAUUACCACUAUAGAGCAGCGAGCAGCCUCGAUGGCUUUGUUUAGCAUGGGGCCUCUCUCGGGACCUGUUCUAGGACCUGUGAUUGGGGGCUUUCUGACCACCGGAGAAGGCUGGCGCUGGACCUUUUGGCUGCUGUCUAUCCUAGGAGGAAUCUUCGGACUCGCUGCCCUUAUCAUCAUGCGCGAAACGCACCCCAAAAUCAUCCUUGAACGCAAGGCUGCGGCGCUCCGUGCUGCUACCGGCAACCAUAAGCUACAGUCCAAGCUCGCUCAUUCCCUCUCUCCGCGCCAGAUCCUCCUUCAAGUCCUUAUUCGCCCUGCCAUGCUUUUGUUCCAGUCGCCUAUCCUAUUUGUUAUGUCUCUAUAUGUUUCUUUGGUCUUCGGUGUGAUGUACCUUCUUUUCACCACCUUUACUAGUGUCUUUGAGGGCCGGUAUGGGUUUAGCACUUCCAUGUCAGGCCUGGUGUACCUUGGCUUGGGAGCGUCAUUGCUUGGGAGUAUGGUCUUGUUCAACCUCAUGAGCCGGCGCAUGCAAGCGGCGUCUCAACCACGCCCAGAGAACCGGUUGAUUCCAAUGAUCUGGUUCAGCCCAUUUGUUGCCUUCGGCCUGUUCGUGUACGGCUGGACUGCGUACUACAAAGUGCAUUGGAUCGUGCCUAUUAUUGGCACGUGCUUCAUGGGUUUCGGAGCUUUUUUCGUCAUCACCCCUGCGCAACUUUACUUGAUUGACGUUUUCGGCUCUCAGGGUGCUGCCUCGGCUCUGGGUGCUAACAAUCUUCUGCGAUACAUUUCCAGCACCUUUCUACCUCUCGCCGGGCCAAGCAUGUGCAGAGCUUUGAACUAUGGAUGGGGUAACUCGUUGCUCGGUUUUAUUGCUCUGGCUUUUAUUCCAGGGCCUCUACUAUUUUAUAAGUAUGGCGACCGUCUUCGUGCCAAGUCGCCGGCCGCUCAGCUGUGA